UCUUGACACGACGCUCGCUUUGUUUCUUCCGCAUAAUUAGUGCUCAAUUCCUCGGAAUUUCUGCCUUAUUUCGCGUGGAAACCCUUCUAAAACCGUUUUUAAGGAUUCUCUGGGGCGUUUCGUGCAGUGUUUGAGUGUGACUAAAGCGCGAAAAGGCGUGAAAAGGUGGUAAAAAUGGGAAAGUGAGUGAGGGAAUGGCGGCGUGCAUAGAAAGUAUCGAUUCUCCAUAAAACAUGCCUCAUUUCCACACCUUCUGAACUCAAUUCCGCGACAGUCGAUUUAGAAGCGAUUCUUGGCGGGGUUUCGGAUUCCGGUCACUGCCCUCACCGAUCAUCAGCGUGAUCUUGUUCUCUGCAUCGCUCAUGCAUCAAAUGGUGAAUUCCUGGCGUGCAGAUAACUGUCAACACCGCGAUUUGCCACUGACGCUGCCAGAGAUCCCCAAAGUCGUCGCACAAUGGAUGCCGAGUCCGUGAAGUCCGAGCAGAGUUCACGUUCCCGUCGCACGACUCGCCAGCAGUCCGGCAGCCACCGGAGCCGCCACUCCCACCGCAAUCACAAGAGCAAGCGCCCCGACAUGGCGCCCUUCCAGACCACCGUCAACCUCGAGGACUCGCGCGACGGCCAGGAGAUCAUCGAGGUGCAGAUCCUGCCCCAGGACGAGAACUGGGGCGAGAACACCACCGCCAUCACGGGCAACACGUCCGAGCAGAGCGUCUCCAUGGAGGAUGUGAGCAAUUGGCAGGGCGGCGGAGACUCGGGACUGGGAUUCGCCUGCCAGCGCUACAUGGAGACCACACUGUCGCUCAUCCUCAGCCUUGUGGCCUUCUUCAGUCCGCUGGCGAUGGUGAUGAUGCCGAAGCUUGGAUUCUUCGCACGCGCCUUCGACAAUGCCGACCUCACGCCGAUCGCCAGGAGUCAGCUUCUGGCCUGCAACGCCGAGUGCAAAGGACAACUCGUAUCGCUGGCCGUGCGCAUGAUCCUCCUGGCAUUGGCUCUCUGGGCAAUCUUUCUGCGCAAACCAGCAGCAACACUGCCCAGGAUCUUCCUCUUCCGCGCCACGGUCAUUCUGCUGGUGCUCGUGUCGACGUUCGCCUUCUGGCUGUUCUACGUGGUGCAAGUCACCGAGGGCACCAAGGCGAUCAUCGAGGGCGCCGAGGCGGCGGACUACAAGUCCCUAGUGACCUUCGCCACCAGCUUCGCCGACACGCUGCUCUUCAUCCACUACAUCGCGGUGAUUCUGCUGGAGAUCAGACACCAACAGCCCGUGUACUACGUGAAAGUGGUGCGCAGUCCGGACGGCGAGAGCCGCAGCUACACCAUUGGCCAGCUGAGCAUCCAGAGGGCGGCUGUGUGGGUGCUGCAGAAGUACUACACAGAGUUCACCAUCUUCAAUCCGUAUCUGGAGCGAAUUCCGGUGUCCAAGUCGCAGCGCAAGGCGCUGUCCACGUUCAAGUACUACGAUGUGGACGGCGUGAAUGCAUCGCAGCAGCAGAGCCAGUCAAGGGCAGUGCUGGCAGCUCAUGCGCGGCGUCGUGACUCCAGUCACAAUGAGCGUUUCUACGAGGAGCACGAGUACGACAGGCGGGUAAAGAAGAGGAGGGCGCGACUUAUCACCGCUGCCGAGGAGGCUUUCACGCACAUCAAGAGGGUACACAAUGAGCCGGCGCCGGCGAUUCCGCUCGAUCCCCAAGAGGCCGCCCAAGCGGUCUUCCCCUCGAUGGCCAGGGCGCUGCAGAAGUACUUGCGCGUGACACGCCAGCAGCCUCGGCACACCGUUGAGGCGAUCCUGAGACACUUGGCGCACUGCUUGAAGCACGAUUUGGCGCCCAGGGCCUUCCUGGAGCCCUAUCUCGUGGAGUCGCCCGUGAUGCAGAGCGAAAAGGAACGGCGCCCAGUGCAAUCUUGGUCACUCAUCUGCGAUGAGCUGCUGUCGCGUCCACUGUCGGACGGAUGCUCCUUCCAGCUCAUCCAGAGUGACAUUUCUCUUGUGGUCACAGUGCAUCGGCUGCCGCACUUCCACGUGGCGGAGGAGGUGGUGGAUCCGAAGAGCAACAAGUUUGUGUUGAAGCUGAACUCCGAGACGAGUGUGUGACAGGA